CCGCCCACCCCGCCCAGGCCCUCUUUUCUCCCGGCCUCCGCGCCCCCAUCCCCGUGACGAGAGGUCCCCCGUGUGCUGUGUAGCACCACACCACUGUCACCAUGAGCCAUCUGCGGGACAUCAAGGAUUACGGCGAGCAGAUCGACGAGCUCUUCUAUCGCGUCGAGACCUCCAUUCAACGAGACAUCACCUCGCUGCAGGGGCGCGCUCGUGUCGAGAAAAUCGACUACCUGCUCGGGCGCAUGAGGCGAGCUCAGCACCUGCUGGAGUCCUAUCAGAUCGAGCUUUCCCUGCUGAGCCCUCUCGAGGCCCAUCCCUUCAAUGUGGCCUACCGCGGCUACGAGGAGAAGCACACCUCGCUAGAUAGCCGACUGAAUGAGCUUCGGCAGAUUUUCCAAUCCGAGGAGCAGGUCGACGCCAGUGGCGCGCCGGUUGGCAUGACCAAUCGCCAGAUCAUCCAGGCCGCCGAAACCAUCCAGCUCGAGUCCAAGGCGUCCACCGGCCGGAGUCUGGCCAUCAUCGACGAAACGAUCAAGGUUGCCUCGGACACCACGAAGACCCUGCACGAGCAGACGGACCAGAUUGAGCGGAUCCACCAGGGCAUCGAGCAGGUCGACUCCAAUGCCCGCACCGCCGAGAAGCAGCUCCGCAUCUUGAUCCGCCGCCUGGCCACGGACCGCCUGGUGCUGGUUCUGAUUGUGCUAGUUGUGCUGGCCAUCAUCGCGGCCAUUGUUGUUGGCGUCGUCAAGAAGAAGGGGAAAUAGUCUGUCCCUGGCCUCGCCACCCCCCUCCCUCCUUUGGUCCCUGUCCUUGUGAAAAUAAAUGUUCCUCCCUAGCC